AAUUUUAAAGCAAACUACUGAUUACUGGAGGCAAACUAAGUGGCUCUACCAAACAAAUGUCAAGGGACCGUUUCGACAUGAUCUGGAGAUAUCUCCAUCUAGAAGAUAACUUGGACCCUGCCUUGGAUAAAUCCGAUAAGCUGUGGAAGAUCCAGCGGUUCAUGGACCUCCUCUUGCAUCAGUUCCAGGCCCUCUAUGAGGUCAAUGGGUUUGUGAGCGUGGAUGAGUCCAUGGUAAAAUACAAGGGACGCCUUGCCUUCCGGCAGUACCUCCCCAUGAAGCCGGUGAAGUGGGGGAUAAAGGUGUGGGUCAUGGCAGAGAGCAAUACAGGCUACGUAAACAAUUUUCAAGUUUACACAGGGGCCAUUGCAGGCAAGACCGAGACAGGCCUGGCUUACCGGAUUGUGUCAGACCUGGCUAAACCGUAUUUUGGGUCAAACUUGUGUGUUUACAUGGACAACUUUUACACCAGCGUGAAGUUGUUGCUGGAUCUGCAGGUCAGGGGUGUGCCUUUACAAUGCUUUGGUUAAAAUGUUAUUUGUUGUAUUUUAUAUCAUCGAUUUAUA